AUGGCGGUGGAUAUCACCCUGCUCUUCAAGGCUAGCGUGAAGACGGUGAAGACUCGCAACAAGGCGCUGGGGGUAGCGGCGGGGGACAGCGCCAAGGAUGAACUGCUCAAGCGAAGCGCCGCCCGUUCCAAGAGCGACUUCACCAGCCGAGCCCGAGAGGUGAUUUCUCAUAUUGGAAAGCUGAAAGAUUUUCUUCUGCAACACAGAAAGGAUUACAUUAAUGCUUACAGCCAUAUUAUGUCUGAGUAUGUGAGGAUGACAGAUACAGAGCGUGACCAGAUAGAUCAAGAUGCUCAGAUAUUUAUGAGGACAUGUGCUGACGCCAUUCAUCAGUUGAGAACAGAAGCACACAAGGGUGUCCAAUCCACUCAGGUAAAGGAGCAUAGAACAGCUGUCUUGGACUUCAUUGAAGAUUACUUAAAAAGAGUGUGUAAGCUGUAUUCUGAACAAAGAGCCAUCCGCGUUAAGCGAGUGAUAGAUAAGAAGAGACUGUCCAGACUUGAACCUGAGCAGAGCAACGUGUCCAAAACCCCUUUUUCUCCUGAUAAACCUUCACAGAAUCCUUUGGAUGAUUCUGAAGAAAAGCUUUCUGCUGAGGAGAACAAAGACAGGAAUUUGCCUGAUGCCCAGAGUAACCUUGGGAUAUGGGGGGAUGGCAAAGGUGAGGAUGAGCUGUCCCCUGAAGAAAUACAAAUGUUUGAACAGGAGAACCAGAGGCUCGUUGGUGAAAUGAACAGUCUCUUUGAUGAAGUCAGACAAAUUGAAGGAAAAGUGGUGGAAAUCUCCAGGUUACAAGAGAUAUUCACUGAAAAAGUCUUGCAGCAGGAAACUGAUAUUGACAAUAUCCAUCAACUAGUUGUGGGUGCAACAGAGAAUAUCAAAGAAGGCAACGAAGACAUACGAGAGGCAAUCAAAAACAAUGCUGGCUUUAGAGUAUGGAUCCUCUUCUUCCUUGUGAUGUGUUCAUUUUCCUUGCUUUUCCUGGACUGGUAUGAUAAUUAAUU